UAGACCUUAGGUAAAUAUUUGUGGCUAUGGAGACAAGUGCUACCAAUUUUUUCACCAAAAUUUUGACUUGAUAAUUUCCAUUUAAAAAAAACACAAAACUGAAAAACGUACAAAUGUGAUUUUUGGGUAGAGACAAGUCUCCCAUGUGAGGAUAAAAAUCGGUUUUUUGAUCGUGUCGAGGACGAUAAACGCUGCUUCUGGGUCUAUGUAGAAAUUGUAUUCUGCUGUGGGGGUGAUGUUUCCAACGGCGGUAUAAUUACCCCCCAUAAUCCACAAAUCUUUAAUAGAAUCAGCAAAACUCCCAUAAAGACGCAACGCCAGGGCUAGAUUAGUCAAUGGGGCGACACAAAUGAGACUAAUUUCUCCAGGAUCACCAAGAAUGAUAUUUGCAAUUAGUGAAGCUGCUGGCUCCUGCACCGUUUCCAUAUUUGGUAGCCCCUUUGGCAUAAAAUCCCCAAAACCGUCCUUGCCGUGGAAAAGUUUGAUUGGGUGCGUGGGUGGUAUAAAUUGUUUGGCAGCCCCUUUGAACACCGGGAUCUAAAAUUAGUCAUUUAACCGGUCCUUCUAAUAACUCAACUUACAUCAGUCCUUUUAACAGUCUCGAGGAGCCUCAUCACAUUAAUGCAAACAUUAUCCACUGUUGUGUUCCCCAUGGAACACACAAUGGCUUCAAUUUUAAUUUCUCGAUUUUUCUCGGCAUUUAGCAGGAUUAAAAGUGCGAGGAAAUCGUCGGUGCCGACGUCCACGUCGACAAUAACUCUUCUCUUACCGUCCGCCAUUGAUAACAAUAAAACUUAUCAAAGUAAUUUAUCAGCGUUUUUAUCUAAUCAAUUUGAAUAAUUCGCGCCGGUUUCUUCGCGUCGUGAUUGGUCGGUUUGAGUAUUGAUUAGUCGGCAAAGACGGGUGCGCGCGGUAUCAACCAACUCAAAUGUAAUGUCAACAAUAAAACUGUUCGAAAUGCACAAAUUUAGCUUAAUUGUUUAAUGUUAAUUCUUGUCGAUGUUAUAUCGGUUUUAGUGGUCAUAUUUGUGAUAUUUGCGUACUUUGUUUACACCGCCUGUCGCACCUUUUACGGAAUGGAGCCAGACGAGGCUAAAUACAUGCGGACGGAGAGAAAACCCGGGACUUUGGACGUGCAUCCCACUCUGAAUGCCAUUGUUUUGAAUUACGAAAUCGAUGUCCAGAUUUUGGGGGCGAAAGAAAACGUCAUUUAUGGGGAGAAAAAGAACUUGAAAAAAAUCAUAGAACUCCCGAUGUUAAACAGCAGGACUGAUUGCUACGCCUUAGCCAAAGAAGUUGUCUACCAAUGCGACUUGAUUCAUCAUUCACGCAUCUCGGAAGUCGAGCAAACCAUUUACUACUUAAAGAAACGAAAAUUAAGCCAUGGAAGUGUUAAAGACAAUAACAGUUCCCAUGAUCUCAAACAAAUAAUCAACGCCGACGAACCGAAUUACAACAAUUUAUCCGAUUACAUUGAACUGCUCUACGAGGGAAUGUCUGAAAAAAUUAAAGGAGCUCACUUGAUCCAACUUUUGGCUCGUGAUCCGGAAAAUUUGGACGCAUUAUCGAAAAAUGAAACCGUAAUAAGCGCUUUAGCGCGCGUUUUACGUGAGGAUUGGAAACGAAGUAUUGUUUUAAGCACACAUCUGGUGUUUACCUUUUUCUGUUUCUCGAUGUACUCACGUUUCCACGAGGUGAUACUCAAGUGUAAGGUGGGUUCGAUCUGUAUGGAUGUCAUCGAUUACGAGUUGCGAAGAUACGACAAGUGGAAGGCGGAUUUGGAGGGCGUCGAGGCGCCGGACGACGUCCCAAUCGUCCGGAAACCGUGUCCGAGUAGCGCGAGCAUGUCGGAAAUUCCCCGGAGUCGUAUUCCGGAGCCGGUUCGUCCCCGCUCCGGGAAUUUCUCCGAGACAAACAUGAAAGCCGUGAUGGAGGGUAGCGUUUAUGACGAUUUGACAAAUUCCACGGAAAAUAUCGACGAUAAGAAAUUGAGCGAAGCGGAAAAGGCGAAACGCUUUCGAACUUUGGUGAAGAAACAAGAGCAUCUUCUUCGAGUUGCGUUUUAUCUUUUGCUAAAUAUCGCCGAAGAUGAAAGUAUUGAAGAGAAAAUGACCAAGAGGAAUAUUGUGGGGUUGUUGGUCAAGGCUUUGGAGAGGGAGAAUGAGGAAUUGCUGGUUUUGGUGGUGACGUUUUUGAAAAAAUUGUCGAUUAUGCAAUGUAAUAAGGAUGUAAUGGCCGGGAUGAAUAUCGUGGAGAAGUUACCGAAAUUGUUGGACUCAAACAGUCCAGAUUUGGUGCAUUUGACGUUAAAAUUGUUAUUUAAUUUGUCGUUUGAUUCAAAACUGAGGUACAAAAUCGUCAAAAUUGGACUCUUACCGAAGUUUAUAAGUUUAUUAAGCGAUGAUCGUCAUCAAGAGAUUGUUUUAAAAUUACUCUACCAUUUGAGUUAUGACGAUGACGUCAAAACACAAUUUGCUGAAUGUGUGGGUUUGAUAACUGACAUGCUUUUACUUAAUAUUGGAAAUGAGGGUGACGAAGUUAUGGUCGCACUUUGUAUUAAUUUGGCGACAGAUCCGACAAAUGCUCAACAGAUGAUGAAAAAAAAUCGCGUCCAAUCACUAAUGAUGAGGGCUUUUAAUUAUCAAGAUAACAUGUUGAUGAAAAUGUUGAGAAAUUUAUCAGAGCAUAAAUCAUCGAAAGUUAAUUUCGUUGAAUUUGUAGGUGACAUUGCAAAGGCUGUAGUCGAAUCAAAAGAAGACGAUUUCGUAGUCGAAUGUGUCGGGAUUUUAAGCAAUCUUAGUUUACCCGAGUUGGACUGGGCAGAAAUAUUCAAACAUUUCGAUAUGUUAAAAUGGAUUGAAAAAGUGAUUCGUAACAAUAACACCGACCCCGAGUUGGUCUUACAAGUCGUAGUUUUAUUAGGUACGGCAGCCGCUGACGAAGGUUGUGCGAAACUCCUCUGCGACUCGAACAUAAUUUCGGCUUUGAUCGAGCUCCUGAAGACGCAUCAAGAAGACGACGAAAUCGUUCUCCAAAUUAUUUUUGUUUUUUUCGCGACCAUUUCUCACGGGACAAAUAUCGAUUAUCUAGCGGAAAAAACUGAAGCUCCGGCCUAUUUGAUCGAUUUGCUCCAAGACAAUAACAAGUCCAUAAGAAAACUGUGUAAUACUUGUCUUAAUAUAAUCGCCGAGUAUAGUAAAACUUGGGCGGAGAGGAUUAAAAUUGAGAAAUUUAGACACCAUAAUGCGCAGUGGUUGCAAAUGGUCGAUUCGCAGCAAUUGGGGCCGGAGGAUGAUGACGAGGAAGAUGUCUUGCCGCCGUAUUUAAAUACGGAAUUUUUGGGAACGGCUGUGGUUCCGCCUUUGUCAGAUUUAAAUGAAACUGCACAAGAAUCGGAGUUUAUCUCACAAAAAGAUAUCGAUUUUGACUAUUUUGAUAGACCAGAGGUCAUUCCGGAUUUUGAAAUUGAAGCGAUUUAAUUGUUUUAUUUGCUUGAGCACAAGUGAUAUUCAGCUUCUAGUCAUAUUUUUUCUUGUUAAUUUCUUAUAAUUGAUAGUACUUCCAAGUCGUUACUUAAUUUGUUUAAUUUUUUAUUUGAAUAAAACCACGUUCGUAUA